UGAAUCAUCAACAGUGGGUAGUGCAUGUUCAUCUCGUUACCCAAAUUCCGGGUACUGUUGUCAUGUUGCAAACCAGAUUGAAAUGGUGCUCUGUCCAGGAGGAUUCUAUGUGUUUAUGCCCACUCAGCACAGCUACCAUUCCAUGGCUUUUGUGAUCUUUCACAGUAACUGCACUGAAGACUCCUGCGGUCCUUUAGCACAGUGCACAGCUGAGGGAGGUUGUGUUUGUGUUUCGGGCUACAAAAUUCCCCCAACCCACAAACCUACAAAUGAGUCCUAUGGCUGCCAAGACAUAGAUGAAUGUGUGGAUACCACUUCAGCAUGUGGCUCUUAUUCCAACUGCACCAACACACCUGGAAAAUAUAGCUGUGUUUGUCUGCAGGGAUACACACCUAGCAACCCCUUGUUAGAGCCAAGCAACUCCAACGCCUGCCAAGAUUUAGAUGAGUGUUCCACUGGCAUCUGUAGCACGAAUGGAAUGUGUACAAACAACAUCGGGAGUUACAUCUGUUCCUGCAAUGAUGGCUACAGCAUCAACAAAAACAUCACGGAAUGUCUAGAUGUUGACGAGUGUUUCAACUCAACCAUCUGUGGCCCAGACUCCAUCUGUACCAACACACCUGGAGCCCAUAGCUGUGCCUGUCUACAGGGAUACAUACCUACCAACCUAGAAGCAGAACCAAGCCAGACCAACAUCUGCCAAGACCUUGAUGAGUGUGUGACAAACACCACCAUCUGUGGUCCUGAUGCCAACUGCACCAACUCUAUUGGGGCAUACACCUGUACCUGCAACUUUGGUUUCCGUGAGACCAACCCAGACUUUAUAUCUAGCAUCUUGAACCCAUGCCUAGACAUAGAUGAGUGUGGUGAGACUCCGGGCCUAUGUGGUCAAGCUUCUGUGUGUGAUAAUGUUCCCGGAACCUUCUAUUGUUCCUGUCAGGAUGGUUACUUCCCCUCCACCGGACUCAUGUGGGAGAUGGACAUUUCAGUGUGUCAGAGUGUUCAGGAAAUUCUGGACCGUCUGAAUCCGCCAGAGGGCCAGACUAAGGAGACCUACUUCCUCAAUAAUAUGGACCAAGAGCUACAAAACAACUCUGACACCAUCCUACCAGCCGGGACAGUGACUAACGGCUUCUCUGCUACCCUGGAGGUGUCUGGAGUUAAGGAUGACUCCAAGAAAAGUCGGACAGCGAGUGCAUCUGUAAAAGCAAACACUGGCAGUUUGAUCCUAGGGAUCUCAGCGCGUCUGGUGUCUGCCUUGGUGGAUCCAACCCAGAACCAGACCAACAUAAAACUAACGACAAACGAAAUAGAUAUCAGUCUUCAAGCUGUUGGGCCUGAAACUGAAGGAGGGGAUAACACAACUCUCUCAGCCAAGGGAAACACCAUGAUGAUCAACCUGCAGGCUGUAGCCCAAAACAACAACGGGUCAGCGGCAGCAGUCUUCAUGACCAUCAACAGGAUGGAGAGUCUCCUGAGUCACAGCUUCUUUGAGACUGAGAACCAGACAGAGAUGUACUCUGAUGUCAUCACUGCCACCCUGCCAAAAACGAAUAAAACACAGCUUUCCCAGCCGGUCAACUUCACCAUCCAACACAAGAGGAGGUUGUCUGAGUCAGACUUGGUGACCUGUGUAUACUGGGAGAAGAAGAGUGUAGAGAAAGAGGGAAUUGCUGGAGGAGAGGAGGUGAAAAUGUUCUGGUCAGUGGAGGGCUGCUGGGUCGCAUUCUCUGAUGAGAACUACACAGUGUGUAGCUGCUCUCAUCUCUCCACCUUUGCCCUCAUCCUGCAAACUGGGAAGGUGGCCGUGGAAGAUCCGUUUAUAGAGUGGGUGAACAAAGUCUGUGUGUGUAUUGGCCUGGUCUUUCUUGCUCUGGCCAUCCUGACCUUCCUACUGUGCAGCUGGAACCCCAAGAUCAACAACACAGCCCGCCUUCACCUCUGUAUCUGUCUCUUCCUGACCCAUCUGCUGCUGCUGUUGGACAAGGCCUAUGUUGAUUCCAAGCUGAUCUGCAAGGCCAUGGCCGGGCUUCUGCACUUCCUGGUGGUGGCCAGCUUUGUGUGGAUGCUGCUGGAGGCCCUACAGCUCUACCUGCUGGUCAGGAUGCUCUCCAGGGUACAGGUCAUCCAAAGGGAUGGCCUUCCCAGGCCAUACCUCUACCUUAUUGGCUAUGGCGUUCCAACAGUGAUAGUCGGCGUGUCUGCAUGGGUCAAUUCUGGUGGAUAUGGCACUCCUACAAAGUGCUGGCUGUCAAAUCAGAAGUAUUUUUCAUGGGCUUUGACUGGACCAGUGAUUGCUGUCCUUGCUAUGAACUGGAUCUUGUUUUGUGUUACACUCUGGAGUUUACGACCCACUUUGGUCAGCAUGAGGAGCGAUGUCUCCCAGUCCAAAGACACCAGACUGAUAGUCUUCAAGAUUUUGGCCCAGUUUAUCAUAUUGGGCUGUACCUGGAUCCUGGGCUUCUACCAGACCAGCACAUUCUCCCAGUUCCUCUUCAUCCUCCUUAACUCGCAGCAGGGCACCUUCCUCUACAUCGUCCACUGUCUUUUCAACAAAGAGGUCCGAGAGGAGUACUACAGGUUCAUCACAUGCUCAUCCGGCUCAGCCAGCAUCCAUGGUUCUGUGAAAGAAACACCCUCAACCUCCGAAGACUUGGACAAGACAGGGGAAAAGAAAGACACAGCAAAGGACUAAAGCCAUAGAAGAUGAGAUCAAGAGAGACUUGCAUGUUUGAUAUAUUUACCCUUGCUUUAGUGUAAUCUAUGUACGUGCAUGUAUUUGCUUAACUGAAAUGGGUUUAUAUUUUAACAGCAAAUACAUAAAUUGUGUCACACUGCAGUAGAAUAUUUUGUAGAUGUAUGGUCUGUCUGAAAGUUUUGUACCAUAAUUAUGUUUUUUUUGUGUGCAAAAGACAUCU